GGGGUGCACUGCAUAGGACGUAGGCUGCCAUUUAUGACGCAGUGUCUCACCGGAUUUUCUUUCCAUGUCCUCAGUUGUUCUGACCUGCUGUAAGACCCACGGACGAUUGCCUGGAAGCCAAAAUGAAUGUUUAUUUUUUAUUUUUUAUUUUUUUACCACUUCCGUCUCAGUUAGUGAUGCUCGGUUGGGAUUGCAAACUGAGCUAUGGACUCUUUGUUUCUUUUAAAACUCUUGUGAUUUUAAUUCUGUGAAAAGCAUGGCUAAUUUAUUAACUAAUCAGUCAUUCCUCGGUGGCUGAAUGGUUUUGACCCAUUGGCAGUUAUCCAAGUGCAAUCUGCUACAGAAAUGUCUCUGUCCUCAGUCUAGUGCGUUUCUGUUUUGUUAAAGUUUAUUUUUGAUGACCUUAAAAGAGAGAUAAUAACUUAAUGACCUUUUUGUUGCUUUGAAAAGUGUUGUCACCUGAAUCAAAAUCACAUUGCACUGACAUUGCAGAUGUACAUAACGUUUUUGUUUUGUAAAUAAGUCCAUAAAUCGGAUGUCUUUGAAUAUGAACUGUAAAGGAAAAAAUAAAAUGACAUGUACUGUAGCUGUAUACGGAGUGGCAACAUCGCUGAUCUGUAACAGAAAUCCACAUAUUAAAUACGACAGAUGCAAUCAAGUCCAUCAGUCAGUGGGUUGGUUCUUCCGUCUGCCUGCAGAGUGCAGUUGUGUGACCAGUGUGGCUCUUGGUAUUGUCUGUCGUGUUGACAUACUUUCUGUAGUACGUGACUGGGAACCACAGGCCUUCACCGCCGCUGGGUUCCGUUCUGCUGCGGCGGUCCGGACCCCUAUGGACCCACUAUAUUGGGGUAAUGGUACGCCGGGAGGGGCCGGGGCUUUCUAAACCGUCCGCCAGAUCUCUGCGGUCGUCCCAGCUAAUGUGAACCGAAUCCCGUUAAGAUCGUGUCCCUAUUCCGAUCUGAACCGUGUGAAAAUGGUAGACGCUACGAUUAAGACAUCGUCUCAAUUCGCAAUGUUGCUGGCUGACGAGUUGCUGGACCUGGGAAUCCCCAUGUGGCAAUAUGGCAAACGUCGCCCACAACAGGGAAGUAUCAUCAGCAGGGAUUUUCCAGUGACUUCCGUAGUGUCUAGGGUGUGUGCGAAAAGGAUCAGGACAUAAUGUCGAGGUAGAGAGGUCACAUGGUAUUAUUACAAUGUUGAUUUAUUGUUUCCAAUGGUAGUGACAUCAACAGCCUAGCUGUCUAAUUCAGGUGCUCCUUGGAAAUCGCCCAACCAACUGCUAUGCAUAUUAUUUAAUUUUCUAAGACUUGCUCUUGAGCGUGUUUUCAUUGUUUGGAUUCUGUAGGUCUCUCAGUCAUACUGCUUGAGGGGGUUUUGAAAACCACUGAAUGCUACUGUGCAUUUCCCCUCUGAGCACUGAAGUUGUUGCUUACCAAACCCCUCCUACUGACUACAGUGGCACAGGACAUGAUGAUGUGCUCUCCGUUUCCUCUAAACCUGUCAAUUCAAGUGGUCUUUCUCUCAAGAUCUCAGAGUGAAGUUGAGUUGCAUUUUGCUGUAACAGUUCACAUUGCGGUGACCUGCAGAGAAUCAGGCAUUGAGGCCCAGCCGUUGUCUCGAGGGUCUGAAUCGCCCACUUAAGUGUUGAGUUUGUUUUGGAGCCUCACCAGGGGCCAUUUCACCACAGGGGAUAUGUCGACGGAUUUAUAAACGGUACCGGUUCCUCAUAAGACCUGAUUCAUCAUUGGCAAGCUGUCUACAUGAAGGACAUCUGAAUUGAAGAAAUGCCGGCGCCCUCUAACCACUCAGGUAAUAAGCCGGCGGAAUGUGCGCCUGGGGACAGGUGCAACGGCAUGCUCAUCCAGACUCAUUACCCCCUCAUCGGGGUGUGCCUGUUUGCCUUCGUGGCUUUUCUGGUGCUGGGGAUGGUGUGGUUUAAAAAGUAUCGUUCCUUAAUGCAGACCAUUCGGGAACUGCAAGGGGGAAGGCCUCUGGGUAAUGUAGCCUGGGCCCGGGACUCCCCGGUGCUCUCUGCUGCGUGCGCAUUCCCUGUCACCUCAGACAAGCCCAUGGGGAAGGGAGACAGGGAGGGAGAGGAGCAGAAACCACUGACAGUCGCGCCCCGGCUGCCAUGGAGGGCUCAGCAACAGGGCCCUCGCUUCACCAAGUCAGACCUGAGCCUGCUGCAGCUCAUCAAAGCUGGGAAGGAGGGCAUCUUCUACAAGGCCAGGAUGACACGGGGAACCUGCAAGGGCCAUGAGAUGUUCACCUGCAAGAUCGCCAAAGAGGGUGUGACCCCUAAGCGCGUGGAGAUGGAGGUGUCCAUCAUGAGGAAGCUGGUGCACCACAAGAAUGUCCUGCAGCUGCUAGACUGGAACAUCACAGAGGAGCCCUAUGUGUUGAUAAUGGAGUUUGUGAGCUCUGGCACCCUGCGUAGCUUCCUACAGACCAACAAAGACAAGCUGACCCCUGACCCUGAGCUGCAGAGCCUGUUCACCAUCGCCUCCUAUCACAUCGCACUAGCCAUGGAACACCUGAGAUCCAAAAUGGUGGUGCACUGUGACCUGGCCCUCAGAAACAUCAUGGUGAACAGGUUUCCCUGGGAGGUCAAAGUGGCAGAGUUUGGUCUGGCCAGGGACCUGACCCGAGUGAGGAGCUACCGCAGCAGCCGAAGGAAAACCCCACGGGAGCGCGUGCCCCUUCGCUGGUACCCCCCAGAGUACUUCAGAAACAACUACUACAGCUUUAAGGGGGAUGUGUGGUCGUAUGGCAUCGUGCUGUGGGAAAUGCAGAUGUUUGGCACCUUACCAUACUCCAACCUGGAGACGUCAGAAUCAGUGGUCUAUUACAUCUGUGCAGGGUACAAGAACAAAGACCCCGACGGCUGCCGUCCCGAGAUACUGCAGAUCAUGAGAGACUGUUGGACGGAACCCUACACUUCCAGGCCAUCCUUCACAGACAUCGUGAGAAUACUGGAGAACAUCAUGGAGAACGACGCAGAUUACGUGGACGUGGCGAACCCCAGGCUUCUGACAUCAGGGGAGGUGGGCAUGAAUGAUUCAAAAAGCCUCAACCAGUUCUGAAUUCGGCCAUUUUGAUUACUCACACAGACGCAACGUUGAAGCUCAGCCGAUUCUUCCUUCACGUGUCAGAUGGACUGCCGAAGAACAUUUGUACAAAACAGGAUCCUCCAAUCUCAGGAGCUAACAGUCAUUUACAAUGUUAAUAAAUAAUUAAAUAAACUCCAGGUGUAUUUGGAAGAUGACAUUUAGUUGAGUAUUUUGGAUUGGAAAUGAUACAGUGGCUGUGUUAACGUGCACACUGUCUUCUUUAAUGUAUGGGUAUUAAUCACUGCAAGGUCGACUAUUUAGAAAUGACAACAUUUUGUGCAUUGUCAACUCAUUUUAAGUCACCAAAAAUUAUACUUGGAUAAUUUAAAUUAAAAGUGCUGGAAUACAGUCAAGAUAUUUGUGUCACUGUCCCAACAUUUCUAGGGACAGUUUCGCAGGUACGGAAUAAGCAUAGUCUAGGACUAAAAUAUCUAGUUCAAUAGAAAACUCCAUUGAGCUUGUUUUUGUAGUCCUAGACUAGGCUUUAUCUGUCUGUGAAACUCGCCCUUAGAGUUUACUGUACAUAAUAAUCUCUGAACCGAGUUUAAAGGAUAUUCUGAUUAUUAUAAAGUGUAUAUUUCUCUCCAUUUUUCUGUAAAUACUGUGUAGGUAAAAACAUUGUCUUAAUAAUUCCGUAACAAAUUUUUUAUUUAUAUUUAUGCCAUUGGUGAAGGAAAAGGUUGUUUAAUAAUAAUUUUCAUUGAAUAAUAGUUUGUUCUUUGUGAUGCACAAUGCAUUUGCCUGCUGGGCGAAUAAACGUGAACUUGAACAAC